GCUUUGUACCAAGACGUGCAACAUGGAAGCGCUUUACUUAUCACCUGCCAAGAUGAUAACUCGUACAGACUUCAUGGUUCAUUCAACCAUAACGGUGUCUUAUACCACAUGAGUCAUUCGGACGUGCCCGAGGCUUCCAAGAAACAUUUUAUCCAACAAACGCAUAGAACUGAAAAGAACUUCAUCAAGGAUACCGAAUUGCCAUCUGACGAUCACGAUAAUGUGAAAAGGCGAGUGCUAGAAGCUGUUGUUUCCCGCCGGUCAAACAACGAUGAAACUCCCAUUCCAGGCGGAAACAUAGUCGAGCUGUUGUUUACAGUAGAUAAAGCAUUAUAUGAUAAAUUUGCAGAAAUAUACGGAUCCGAAAUGGCGGAAUUUGCGAUAGAACAAUAUGUAGCACUAUUAGCUAACGAGAUUGACCUCUACUUCUGCAGCGUGGAUAUGGUUGACCCUGACUAUAGCAUCAAAAUAUAUAUAGCUGGCGUUGUUAUCCCAAAGGCUGGCUCUGACGUUUUGUGGUCAACAAAAGCCCAAAGUGUGGUUUUAGAGUGUUUUACUUAUCUAGAUAUGUCUAGAAUUCUAUCCGACCUCAAAGUCUGGCGUCAAAAAGAAGAAGGCCUUCCUCAGCACGACUUUCUCAUGGGCUUGUCCACAUUAGAUCUUGCUGACCUUGAAACAACUCCAAUUUCUACGGGAUUUGAAGGGUUAUCGUAUCGUGAAAGUGUUUGUUCGUCUGAAAACAAAGUAUCCUUUGUGGAGGUGGAUGGGACGAGAGUUGCACUGACAGCCACUCACGAACUAGCACAUGGAUUAGGCGCCUUCCAUGAUGGUGAAGACGACGCUGCAGAUUGUCCAGCUUCGGCCCAAAACAUCAUGUCACCUGAAAUAACGUUGACCACCAACCUAACGUACUCCCGAGCCCAGUGGUCAUUCUCUGCUUGUAGUGUAGCGUCAUUUAAGUCAUAUAUUAAUGGGCUUCAAAAAAAUUGCCUUAAGCAGCAUGCUUUUACUGGUUUGGAAUUUGAAGAGCUGCAGGCAAAAUCACUCCCAGGCACAGUCUAUUCUUUGAACCAACAAUGCCAAAUGUACAACGGAAUCUGGUCGACAUCUUGCGAAAGUACUAUAAGAGAAGAGGCUUGUUAUACUGGCUACCAUUGUUCUACAAGAUCGGAUCUACCAGUCGGCUGCGAGGAGGCUCAUCAUCCACUUUACCCCUUAGCCGGCACACCUUGUGGUGCUGUGGCGAACAAUAAGUGGUGUUAUCGGGGUCGCUGUGUUGGGAAUACGAGUCCAACAACAACCACGUCAUCACCUAACAUCUGUACAACAACUACUACGUCAACCAGCACAACAACAUCAACCACUGAAGCACCGACCACAACGACCGUUGCGCCUUGUAAACCGGGAAAGAAGUGCUGUGUGAAGGUAAAUGGCAAGAAGAAGUGCUGUAAAGGUUCUAACUGCUGCAAAAUUGAUGAAGCGGCCGAAACAGAUUGUUAUAAAUCGUGUUGUACAGCAGUCAACACAACUCCAGCUCCUACAUCUGCACCUUGUUUUGGUGGCAAGUGUUGUUCAAAGAUCGAAGUUAAUGGAGCAUUAAAGAAGGUGUGUUGUAAGAAAGCUAAGUGUUGUAAAACAUCAUGGGGUAAGGAAACCAAAUGUUGUUUGACAUGCCAAAAGUAAAACAAAACUUUGGGUUGGACCUCUUUUCAAUUAAGGAAACAAAUUUGCAAUCUUGUUUUUCGUAAACUAAAGUUAUAUUAUA